AUGAAGAGAACUGGUUCAGUUCUGGGAGUGGAGCUGAAGUCUCUGACAGAAGUGUCUGAGCAGAGCAUGCUGAGGAACCUGCUUCAGAUCCAGAACAACAGGUCACCCCCCCUGCAUGACACCCUGGACUCUUCCUGCAGCACCUUCAGUCAGACUGAGACCACCAGAAAGCUGCCACUUGGACGCAGCCUGGUCGCUCGGAGCCACCACGAGAGAAGCUGCGAUGAUGUGGCGAAGAAGGAGGAAGAGGACUGGGCUUGUCAGCUGUGCACGCUCAUCAACCAGCCGGCAGCCGAGCGCUGCGACGCCUGCCUCACUCCAAAACCUGAAGCCCACAAAGACGACAUUAGCACUGAAGCAUCGCCCUUCACUGCUGAUUUAAUUAAGUAUCCCUGCAAUGCCUUCAAGAAACCACAAGAGGAGCUCAAAGUCAACUGGAGGUCUGCGUUUGGGACUUCCACUCUUGUUUUCUCUGACAUGAGCAAGAAGCCAACGCCUGUAAACUCUGCGCUCUCUCCAGCCGGCAGUCAUUUGAAUUCCUUGGCGGCAGAACGAGGUUUAUAUAAAAACAGCUUUUGCCAAGGGACAACAAGCCCCAAUUACGCCUCUGGUGGCUGGCAGAGGCAAAGUGCCGAGCUCUCCAAAAGGGAAUCGCUGGCCUCCUACAGUCACCCAUCUAAGAAAAUGAGAAUUGAUCACAGCCUCUUUCCCAGUAACAACGCUCAAAAUGAAGCCCCCAACUCCGGAAUGUGCCAAAUACAGACGCCAAGUGCUGCAACCUCCUCCACUCCCACUGGCCCUUGUUGUGCAUCCCAUCGUCGUCCAGCUGUCCUCAGAGUGGUCCACAAGGAGGGGGACAACAAGGGACGGCGUUUCUACACAUGCUCUCUACCAAGAGAGACCAAGUGCAACUUCUUCGAGUGGGCUGAUUUGCACUUCCCGUUCUGUCACCACGGUAAACGCUGUUUACUGAGGACGGUUCUGAAGCUGGGUCCGAACAACGGACGGGCGUUCUACACCUGCAGCCUUCCAAAGGGUGAACCGUGCGACUUCUUCCAGUGGGCAGGGAGCGGACCAGGCUGCUGA